AAUUUUGCCUAAUGUAAGAUACAAGUUGCACCAAAUCCCACUCUCUCUCACUCUAGAAAUCCCAACAAAUGUCGUUGUUUCUCUCUCUAAAAAGCAAAAGCAGUCACUGAGUUAAUAGUAUUAUUUUCCUAAUCGUCCGGUGAGUAAGAGAUGCUAUCUCCGACGUUGUUUCCUCUCUUCUGCGCUUUGCUUCUUUGUCUUCCCGUUGCUGUCAUCUUCACGGUUCAGCGAGAACUUACCGGCUUUGUUUCGCCGCAGUUUGGUUUCCGCUCUCUCUCCGUCUUCUCUCUCUACUCUCGAAAUGUCCCAGAGUCUUCUUCUCCGGCGGUUCGGAUUCGACAGCCGAUACCUAAAGACGACGAGGCACUUCUCCGGCUAGCAUCUCGGGUUAACCCGAAUCUGCCUCCCGGUUCGACCAGGAAAGUGGCUUUUAUGUAUUUAACGACGUCGCCUCUUCCGUUCGCGCCACUUUGGGAGAUGUACUUCAGUGGGAGCUCUAAAGAUCUUUACAAUGUCUACGUUCACGCGGAUCCGACCGGAGAUUACGACCCGCCUUUCUCCGGCGUGUUCAAGAACCGGGUCAUUCACUCUAAACCCUCGAGUAGACUCUCACCCACUCUAGCCGCGGCGGCGCGUCGGUUGAUAGCACACGCGCUUCUCGACGAUCCGUUGAACUACAUGUUUGCCCUUAUCUCGCCUUCGUGCGUACCGAUUCGCUCCUUUGGCUUCGCCUACAAGACACUGGUCUCGUCUCGUAAGAGCUUCAUCGAGAUACUCAAGGACGAGCCGUGGAAGUUCGACAGAUGGGCGGCGCGUGGGGAAGAAGCGAUGCUCCCGGAAGUGGCGCUCGAGGAGUUCCGUAUCGGGUCUCAGUUCUGGGUUCUGAAGCGGAGACAUGCGCGUGUGGUGGCGCGUGAUCGGCGUAUAUGGGCGAAGUUUAACCAGACGUGCGUGCGGGAAGACACGUGCUAUCCUGAAGAAAAUUACUUUCCUACCCUUCUAAAUAUGCGGGAUCCACGUGGAUGUGUCCCGGCCACGCUGACUCACGUGGAUUGGACCAUUAACGUCGAUGGUCACCCGCGGUUGUACGAGGCCGAUGAGGUCGUGCCUGAGCUGAUCGUGCGGCUCAGAGAGACUCGACCAAGAUACGGCGAGGAUGGAAUCAACGGUUCAGAAUGGUCUGCGGUUGAGCGGAUGGAUCCGUUUCUGUUUGCUAGGAAGUUUUCUUCGGAUGCACUAGAGCCAUUGUUGGAUAUGGCUCGAACCGUCUUGUUCAAUGACUCAGCUGGAGCUGUGUUGUGAGUGAGAGUCGAAUGGUUUUUUUUUGUUUCUAAUGGCAUUGUUGUAAAUUCAGUUUUAGUUAUAAUUGUAAUUUAAAAUACUUAGGUAGCUGGGAAAUAACAAAAAAAAAAACCCAAGUCUACGUUCCAUUAUCGUGAGUAAAAGCAUACUCGUACAACUCGAA